AUUGAGCUUUCCCUUCUAUUACUUAUUUUUGCAGAUGUGAACAGCAAGGAAAUGCAAAGUGGAAACCAAUCUUCUGUAUCUUACUUCUUUUUGGUGGGCCUGCACCACCCACCGCAGCUGGGGGUACCACUCUUCCUAGCUUUCCUUUUCAUCUAUGUCCUCACUGUCUCUGGCAAUGGCCUCAUCAUUCUCACUGUCUUGGUGGACACCCAGCUCCACCGCCCCAUGUACUGGUUCCUAUGUCACCUCUCCCUCUUGGACAUGACCAUUUCUUCUGCCAUUGUCCCCAAGAUGUUAGCUGGCUUUCUCUUGGAUAGUAGGGUUAUCUCCUUUGGGGGCUGUGUAAUCCAACUUUUUUCAUUUCAUUUCCUGGGCUGCACUGAAUGUUUCCUUUACACACUCAUGGCUUAUGAUCGUUUUCUGGCCAUUUGUAAACCUUUACAUUAUGCCACCAUCAUGACCCAGAGCGUCUGCAACUACCUGGCUUUUGGCACCUGGCUUGGAGGCACCCUUCACUCUCUUUUCCAAACAAGCUUCAUAUUCCGGCUUCCCUUCUGUGGUCCAAACCGGGUAGACUACUUCUUCUGUGACAUUCCUGCCAUGCUGCGUCUAGCCUGUGCUGACACCACUAUCAAUGAGUUGGUCACCUUUGUGGACAUUGGCUUCCUGGCCCUCACCUGCUUUGUCCUUAUCCUCACUUCCUAUGGCUACAUAGUGGCUGCCAUCCUGCGAAUCCGGUCCGUUGACGGGCGCCGCAAUGCCUUCUCCACCUGUGCUGCCCACCUCACUGUUGUCAUUGUUUACUAUGUGCCCUGCACCUUCAUUUACCUUCAUCCUGGCUCACAGGAACCCCUAGAUGGGGUGGUAGCUGUUUUCUACACUGUCAUCACUCCCUUGCUUAACCCCAUCAUCUACACUCUCCGGAACAAAGAAAUGAAGACAGCAUUAUGGAGGUUGGGAGGUUGCAAGGAUUUGCAACCCCAGUGA